AUCGCUUCAGUUGGUAUUCAGAGCUGUUUGAGAAUUGUUGUGCAGAUCGGUGAACGUGCGCGCAAAUUAAAAAGCGGCGUAUAACAAGUUUAUUCACAAAUACAGAACAGGGAAAAUGCCAAGCAAAAAUAAAAUCUAAAUGAAUGCAAAAAAAAAAAUAAAAAUAAAUAAAUACGAUAUACAUAAAAGCAGGCUGAAAGCGAUGAGCACAUGUAUAUAUGUAUGAAUAUGCACGUAUGUAUGAAUAGGUACAUAUAUAAAGUACAUACAGCUUACAUGUAUGCAUAAAACGAUGGUAAAAGGCGGUGAAUGAAACAAAGUGUUCAUUUAAAAGGCAGGGCGAGUUUAAGAGGCAUUUAAAAAAAAAAAAACUAAAAAAUAAAAGAAAAGAAAGCGAACUUCCAGAUGCGGCAAUCGGGUUUAAAAAGUGCUGCGAAAAUUCUACGCCUUCUUUGAAUUAAAUAAAGUUCGCUCGCACUUGUUUAUACCGGUAUUUCGAUAUGAAUGAGCGGAUGAGAAGUGGCAAAUAAAUUAAGGAAAAAUCGAAUGCAAUUAAGGAAUGCAGAUAUUUCAACUGAACGAUACAUACUUAACGAUUAAUACGCACUGCGGCAUAAAGUGGAACGACGCACAGCUGAGCAGACGUGUAUAAGCGGAAAGUGUUGGGUAAAAAUUAAAAACAUUAACUUUUAGAAAGCUUAUAGUCUGCGAAGAAAAAGUUACUUAAACUUUCGAGAAAAGCGUGAACACAGCGAUCACUAUUUUCACGUGCGCUUUGCAUACAUUACAGUGUUUGCGCAAGCUGUAAAGAGUGCUUACAUGCCAAAGGUCACGUGCUCUCAAACAAUUAAUGCCACAGUCGUCGCCGCAUCACGCGACACCCACCCGCGGCGAAUCCGUGAAUGACAGUCUAGCGAAUUACUAAUAGCGUGACAUACAUACAUGGGUAGCCUUUUACUUUCGCUUUCAAGCAAAUACAACAAAUAAGGAGCAUCGGCGUUGGUGAUUUUCCAACUACAUACGCUACAACACUCUAUUCACAAGACUGCCAGGGCCAGCGGGCAAAAGCGAAAAUUUUGCAACGAGAUAAGUAACAGAAGUGGCCAGAAAAAAGGGACUGUAGGUACGAAAAGCAGGCGAAAACAGAGUGCAAACGGCCUAAACACACAACAACCAUAACAAUAGUAAAAAUAAGAGUCAUAGCAACGACAAUAGCAAUAAAAACCACAACAGCUACGAAGAGGGCAACCGACUACUGUAGUGUGAUGGUGAAACCGUUGUUGGUUUACUUUUAUCAAUACGUUUUCGAUUGGCUGGACUAUUGGCGAUUUCAGUGCAGUGGCAGCGGCAGCGGAAAUUGCAGUCGGAAUAGCAAUAGCAGUUACAGCAACAAAAACAACAACAACCACUGCUACGAAUUGUGGCGAUUUAGUGCAAAGCGAACGAUUGCAACAAGACUCCUACGCCCCGUCCUCCUCCUCCUCCUCCUCCUCCUCCUCCUCCUCCUCCGCACACCGUAGUAGUUGCGGCGAAGUAUAGUGGCGGCGGGACGACCGAUUUCGUGCGAACACAACAUUGCACAAAUUGCAAAAUUGCAAAACAAAUAACAAGCCAGAGCAGCAAUCAUAAUAAUUAAGAAAAUACAAAUAAAAUAAGAGCAGAGCAACGAGUAGGAGACUUCUUCAAGUACAUACGCGAAGAGUUCGAAUGCAGGAGGAAAAACAGCAUAAAUGAAAUGAAAAUAUUUGCAAGCAAACGCGCGCAGCAGUAAAUAAAUAUAAAUUUAGAAGAGAAAAAUUCGUGCAAAACGAAGGCACAUAGUGGCAAAAAUAGACACAUUCCUGAUAAGCAAAAAACGCAUAGAGAAGCAUACAUAGGCGCAUAAAGCAUAAAUAUACAUAAGUAGAGCAAACGAGCGUCGUAAACAAAAACGAAAACGAAUUGCAGCAGCAAAAGUGUCAAAAGAGAGCACGAAGCGGCAAGCAAAGCGUUGAAAUCGCAAAACAAAAAAAAGGCGAAAAAAUUGCAUUUAAUUUGCAUGUUGCAGGCAUCAAAUAGCAGCAGCAACAAUUGCAAAUCACACAGCGAGGAAAGAUCAUCGUUUGCACUCGUUUUUGUGUGUGUGUUUUUUUUUCUAGCGCGCACACACAAACGCCGAGGGACAUUAACCUGCCAGCGUUGAGAGGGUGAAAAUACGCGCUAAAAUAAAAAAAAUUAAAAAAUUAAAAUAAAAACACUUCAGUAAUUUCGCGCACGGCGAAAACUGCGUAUUUCUAGAACGCUGCAGACGAAAAUUUUCGAAAAACUUUUUUUUUUUUUUGGUUUCCGUUUUGCAAAUAUUCAGUGCAUGAUCUUAAAAAUCUACAACGGCGCACGCACUGACCUACCGCACAGCACAUAGCGCGAUAAUGUUAAGUUAAUAAACAAACAACAACAACUAUGCGCUAAGAAUAGUGCAAUUUUUCGUAGAGUGAAAAAAUAAAAUCACCAAGCUGAGAGUAGUGUGUCUUCUGUUAACUCUAUUAAUUGAAAUCAAAACUAGCGCUAACAUUAACCUCAACAAGAACAUCGUCUGAUUAUUGCAACUAAAAACAAAAAAAUAAAAAAUCGCGAAAAAAUAUCGUAUUUGUAUGAACGGAAAUUGCUAAGAGAAUUUGGAAAAUUUGCUCGUUUCGAAGAGAAAAAUUAACCUGCUGCAUUUUGCGAGAUUUCUUUUAUUUUGCUCAACAUAAAUCAGAAAGCAGUACUUCCAAAGGACGUUAAUAAGAUGGCCCUGCACGCUCAUAGCAUCAAUACGGUACGCUCCACCACCAGCUUGAGCAACAUGAUCAACAGCAACAACAAUGAUCUUGCCAAUGGCAGCAAUGAUCGCCGCCAUAUUGUCGAUAUAUUAGUUGGUGUUGUUGCGGUACCGGUGCUAAUACUUUUCGCAUUACAACUGGAAAAGAAUCUACAAAAUAUGCCCAAUAGUCCAUGGCUGGUGUUUGUGCUGGGCGUGGGACUGCUAAUGGUGAUCAUGAUAAUUAUCGGUUAUGUGACGCAUCGGUUGAGUGUGUGCUGUUGGACGGGACCCAUCGAUGAGAUGGGCAACCGAAUGGAUGGACGGGGAAUACCACAUAUCAACACUCAAAAUGAUAUAUUGCGCAUUGUGGACAACCUGCCACCCAGUUAUGAAACCGUUGUGAAGCAUGAAAUCCCGCCACCGCCCUACGAUUGUGUCAUUGUCAAUUUGGAACAGUGUAAGGAACAACAGCUAACUCCGACUGCGACAACAGCUGCCACAACGAGCAAUUCUUCCACGGAGGCCAGCGUCAAGGAAGCACCACCAGCCACAGCGGCGGUACUGCACAUCUGACUUGGCACUUUCGGUACGACAAAAAAGCUGCCGUUUCACAAAGUUUUUACAUAGUAUAAAGCACUUUUAUAGUAGAACGGCUCGAGAUAAGCUUUACGGAGAGAGAAUUUAAAGAGAUCGACGCCUUUGCAGCAAAACAGGAAACUUUCAACAGGAAAAUAAUGUGCUUGUUCACAUUUGCCUGGUUAUGAGGUUAAUGUGGUUAUGUGGUUAUAUUUUUUAUUCAGUUUACAACAAUAAAAUACACUGUAGAAUAAUGAAUUUUUACCACAUAUGUAAACUGAUUACCAGGCAAGUGUGAAAACCACAUUAUAAUUAAUUUUAGUUUGUUUUAAGAUUAACAGCUGAUUAUUUUGGGGGUUUCUGUCAUUAGCGCAACGACUACUGCCAGACAGUUUUUAGUGUCCACUUUAAGCGCUUCAGCUCGAAGAAGACAUCGUUAAAAGAUCUAAUAUUAUUUUAAUAUCAGAUUGUAAUUUCAUUGAGUGGCAAGCUUUAAAAAUUAAAUAUGAAAUUUUUAACAUCAAUUUCCUCUUCUGCUAUUCCACACUUUUUGUACUUGUUGUUAAACAAAAACUUGGAUUUUCCGCAUGCGUAAUUUUCAGAGCCCGAACGGCAAUAUUUGCCACUUGUAAUUUUUCAAAAUCCGCAAAAAAAAAACUAUGAAAAUUUAAGAUAUCUGAGAUCCUAAAACGUAUUUAUAUUGUACUUCGGACUUUAAACUUAGCUCAACGCUACAAUUGUAUGCGAAAUAGUUUUAAAACAAAUACCUAUUUACAGUAUAUAUAUUACAUGUAUAGUAUGUACUAUGUAAGUGAUUUUUAUAUGUGAAAGCAAAUUUUCAAAAAA